AUGGCUUGCAAGCAUAUUUCGUGGUUGGAAGUUGUUGAAGAUAGUAGUGGCGAGCGAUCCAUCGUCAACACUACCCGCCUCGAUCGUAUUAUUCAAGAACUACCUAAUUCACCUAAUCAAUAUCCACGGUUAGUACAUUUUAUCGGCACGAAAAACAAAGACCAAGCUUUAAGAAAUGUCUUCCCAAAUAACAAUUUCGGUCGAAAAUAUGAAAAAGGGGACACGAACUUGCGAGUGGAUAACACUACUAUUAAUACACCAACCCCUUUACUUAUUUCGGAUAGUAACCCAUUUCGUGGGUUCACUGCAAGCUCCAGGGCUCAAUGCCAUGUAAAUCAUACUCACACCUUUACUUGGGCCACAGAUAGUGCCUCAAUCUCGGAUGUGAUAUUUACACGGCUGUUGUUUCCAUUCAGCGAUCUGAUAUGUAUAUUUGCGGAUGACUUUGCAAGUCUCGAAAGCGUGGCUUUGCGAAUAUCUUCAUGGAUGUCCAGCCACAAUCCGCGCCAAGAAAUGAAAAGCCAACUGCUCAUCGUCGUUUCUGAAACGGGUCCUCUAGAUUCACUCCGUGAUGAGGAUUUCAGGUUAAUGCUACACUCUAAUGGCCGAGAUCCAGGAGAGAUGUUUUCAACGAUCAAGAUAUUUCGUUUGGCUGGAGAAUAUCUUUCACCGUUGGCCAGAUAUCAGAGACUGAAAGAUCGAGUAUACGAACUCACUUCGAGGAGAUAUAUUACGAGAAAAGAAAUGGGCUACGAUUUCUCUUUUAUACAUUUCUCAGCAUUCUUUGAUUCCGCUAUUUUACACACGGCAGAGAACAACACUCCGUUUAAUUUUAUUGCCAUGUCAAGAUUAGGAAGACAGUCCAUGGCCGAUGACAUGGGCCAUGUUAGGCGUUUCCUAGAGCUCGCCUUAGGAUUCGAUGGACCCUACGAAGCGAUAGCGUUGUUCAUAGCCUCCUGUAUUCUGGUGGAUGCGUAUCCCCGUCGAAUGCACUAUUUUCCGCCUCGAACAAUACUUGACUUUGUCUAUCGAGAUAAGCUCAUUGCGGCCCUCAGUAGCAAUUUGACGGCGGGAUGUAUACGUUUCAUUAUUUCUCAGAUCGAGACGAAUCUUAUCAAGUUCGGUGAUGAAAUAAAGAGUGGAAAGACAUCGCUAGAGCUUCAUAUAAGAAAUAUGAAAGAACUAGCAUAUUUCUUUGCCCCGUACCGCACGAAUACGAGCUGCCUUUUCUGUUUGGCUAGACCACCAGAGAGGCAUUUGAGUUGCGGGCAUGCUAUAUGUGACAUUUGUAUACGACGGAACGGCAAAGAAGUGGUUGGCCGACAGGAUCGUUAUCUCGUGUCGUGUAGCUUUGAUAAUGGAAAACUAACGGCUGAUCUCAAGCCAAAGACAGCAGGGGUACGUAUGAUUAGCAUUGACGGUGGAGGGACUCGAGGUGUCGCACCACUUGCGUUCAUGAAAAUGGUGGAGGACUCUAUGCCCGGCUGUCCGUUGCAUGAACAAAUUGAUUAUGCUGCAGGGUCAAGUUCUGGCGGAUUAAUUGUUCUAGGUAUCUUCUACAAGCAAUGGAAGCCCCAGAAAGGCAAGCAGUUGUUUCUAUCAAUGGCGGAAAGAUGCUUCCAAAGACCCAAGAGCGCAUACGAAUGCGUGCAAUCCACAUUACGGUGGCUUAUCUCAGAUGGGUUUUAUGACGAGUCUAAACUAGAAUCCAUUUUACAGGAGAUGUUCCCCGGGAGGCUUUUUGAUCAUCUUCCAGACACUAUAUCAGGAACACGUUUUGCUCUUACUGCUACCUCGACAGGAAACUCUCGUUGGAUUUUUGGUAACUAUAAUGCAGGGAUUUUCAAGUCGAGAAAUGCAGAUUAUGACUUGGUCAGGGUCGACAAUGUUCAGGAGGAAGUAUAUGCAUGGGAAGCAGGUCGUGCAACUUCCGCGGCACCUGUUGGUACAUACUGGGAUGGGGGCCUGGUAUUUCCUGAUCCAGUGAAGUUAGCAAUGUUUGAAAGUGAGAGACUCUGGCCGGAGUCCAUUCCAGAUGUUGUCAUAUCUCUCGGCACUGGCAUACAGCCCAAAACAAAAAAUGACCGCAACUCUCUCCGUCGGCUUUGGGAAGGAUUCAUGGAUAUGCUUGACGGUCAAUCUCAUUCUCGCGAUACUGAAAAAGCAUUGGAAAGAUAUAUUCGUGGUAGCUUCUUCCGGCUAAACACUAUGUUACAACUCCCUAUUCGUCUAGAUAACCUGAAGGACCUAGAAGAGCUGAGCAGAACUGUGCAUAUAUCACCAAAGUCUCGCAGGGAUACUGCGAGUGCGGCUCUGGCUCUACUCUUAUCCAACUUCUACUUGAGUUUGGAUAGAAGCCCGAGAUUUGAGCUAGGUCUUUAUUACUACUCUGCAUCUAUUCGAUGUCGCACAGACUGCAAAGCCAUUAUUUCUGCUCUAACCCAUUUAUACCCAAUGCCAAAAAAGUUUGUGACCGAGAGCGGCGCUCUUGGAGAAUUAUGCUGUGAUGACAUAUGUGAAUCUUGUUAUCGGUAUCGCAAACAAGUAACAAUUGUUGUGAGACAUCCAGAUGACUACGUCACAAUAUCGGUCAAAAUGGACAAUGGAAUCGAACGCAAAAUAAGCGGGUUCCCGCAAAGGAUGUCUUGGUUUCAAAAGCAAGAGGGCCUAAAUAACAAGUUUGGAUCUGAAGACCACGAUAUUCCUGGAGCAUUUCAGUGUUCGAUCUGUGACCUUCAUUCCCUUCCACAAAAACGCAUAGCAUGUGCCUCCGAUGCUCUUCACCAGAAAAAACGUGUUCGAUAUUAA